AUGGGGAUCUGGGAUUUUGGGACCAUCAUGGAGCAGUUCAACCCCAGCCUCAGGAAUUUCAUUUCUAUGGGGAAGACCUAUGAAAAAGCCUUAGCAAGCAUGACAUAUGCAGCCAAGGGGUACUUUGAUGCUCUGGUGAAGAUGGGGGAGCUGGCCAGUGAAAGCCAAGGAUCCAAAGAGUUGGGUAAGUCCCCGUUUGCUGCUGAAUGGAGAUUUCUGGAGAUUCCCAGGGGUGAAGCAGAUCUUUGGUGCUGCUGGGGAGCAGAGCUCGGCGUGGAGCUGCUCCUGCCGUGCCUCAGUGUCUCUGGAUUUACUGAUAAUGCAGCCUGGAAAGCCCCUGGUACCCUGAGUGUCAGGGCUGUGGCUCAGGGCGGUUUUGUGGUGGUUUGUUCUCCUUUGGAGAAGGGGAAGCAGCGGAUUUUGGCCGGGGAGCUGGGGCUGAGCUGCCCCUCUGGAGGGGCAGGGGAGAGGAAAAGGGGCACCUGGGGGUCCCCACCUGGAGCAGGGUGUCCCUGGGUGUUACCUUCCCUGUGCCAUGCACAGAGCCAUCAAUCGGUCCCAGCUCAGCCCUGGCUGCGUGUGGUGCUGCCCAGGGAAGGGGGGCACAGCAGCUGCACCCUGUGCCCUCACACCUGGUUUGCUUUGCAGGGGAAGGAGAUGCUGACGCAGAAGCUGCCGCUGUGGCAGCAGUCCUGCUCGGACCCCAACAAGAUCCCGGAGCGCGCCAUCCAGCUGAUGCAGCAGAUGGCUGCCAGCAGCAAUGGCACCAUCAUGCCCAGCCCUCUGUCCACAUCCAAGUCCAACCUCAUCAUCUCUGAUCCCAUCCCUGGUGCCAAACCUCUCCCUGUCCCCCCGGAGCUGGCACCUUUUGUAGGACGCAUGUCGGCACAGGAGGCCCUGCCGGUGAUGAACGGAGUCUCGGGCUCUGACAGCGACGGGUACAACCACUGGUCUGAGAUGAAGCCAGCACAGCCCAAAUCUUUAUCUCCUCCCCAGCCUCAGAAGCAGCUGAGUGACUCUUACUCCAAUACACUCCCAGUUCGCAAAAACGUGGCACCGAAAAACAGCUACGCCUCAGGUGAGGCCCCAGCCAUGCCAGGGGCCCUGGAGCUGUCCCUGCUGCACCCAGUGCCCAAAGGGGGCUGCUUGGGGAUGGUUUUGGGGGUGCUGCUGGUGGGGGGACAGUGA